UUUUGUUGCACAUGGACGCGAUUACACGCAAGAAGUCAUGAUUCUAUUCAAAAAAACACCCCAAAAAGCCUUUCCUUGACCACAACAACACUGAAACAUUGAUUAAUGGGGGAGAUAGGAGCAAUGGUUGCCAGGUUAGAAGAAGAAGGACUGGAUCUUAAUCGGUUAAUUGACGAUGAACUUGAAGCAGUAGGUUUCUUGUCUUUGUGUUCAAGAUCAACUGCUUCUCUUUCAAACAGAGCAGAUGUUAUUUCUGGUACUCAAAAUGAGCUCAAAAGUCUUUUAAAGUCAAUAGAGGACCAGCUGCGUAAGAUACAAAGAGAGGAAAAUCUCCCUCCAAGUGUGUUGGAAAAUGAAAAAAGUGACGAUAAGGGCAUCAAGCACAUAAUAGUAAUAGAUGAUGAAGAAGAAACCCCUACAAAUGACUUUGGCUGUCAAACUAACAUGGAAAGUCCCUCUGUUAACAUAACAAYAUCAAGUGAAUCAGAAAGUAUUCGUGAUAAGAAUGCUGCUAGUGAGUCAGUAUCUUGUCAACCUGAACCUCAACGGUGCACAGCAACACAUGCUACACCAGUUCAGGACAGUGUGGUGCCUUCAGUACCAAUCUUGCCGAAACCAGUAACGAUGCUUCCUGAUGCCAUACCCAAGGGUUUGGUGACAGAAGGUGUUAUUGCUUAUAGAACAUUAAAAUCACCAACAGAGUCAGGUGUUGCAACAGUUACCAGUAUGGUGACGCUGAAAUCAUCACAGCCGACAAUACCACCACAACACCUAAGAUCUGUUGCUACACCCUCUAUGCCGUCAGCAUCUGCCAAGACUUCUAUACCAGAUACUAGGAGUAACUCAAGCAAACAGGAGGAUACCCCUGAAGAUGUGCCGGCCAUCACACCAACCAGACCUCCAAGUCCUCCAAGGUUUGAAGAGGGAACAAGAAUUAUUGGUAAAAGAGCAGAUGACUUGUGGUAUCCAGGUGAAAUAAUAAAAGUUGUAAAAGAUCGUUACAAUCAGGUCAAGUUUAGGGUAAAAUUUGACCAGGGCAACAGAGGUUUGUUACGAUCGAAUCACAUUGCACUGGAAAGCAGCCCACCUCUAGAUGUUCUGCAUGUCGGCAGCAGGGUAGUAGCGUUAAGACCAAGAGAGACAGCAGACGAGGCUGCAUCCUGGCGGGAAGCUAAAGAAGGGCCAUACGGCAAGCUUGAUGUGUUAUAUGCAGGAAUAGUUGCCGAGAUCUGUUGUACACAGAACAGUAACAGAUUCCUAAUCUUCUUUGAUGAUGGAUUUGCUCAGUACCUUCCCCUACACAAACUGCAUCAUGUGUACCAUACUGGUAGGUAUAAAUCCUUAUGA